UGUCGCACGCGAGCGAGCGUCUGAGUCUCGAAGUGAGCCCAAUUGCCAGCCCUGAUUGAGCCGUGACAUAAGUCUCUCUUUCUUAACUCUCAUCUCAUAUCCAGACUGGCGUCCUUGCCAUGUCCAAGUUCACCCCAACUGCCGCAGAGGUGGCCCUCGUGAAUCAAAUAUUCGCACAGGCGGACACUCAGAAACUCGGUGUAGUUACUGGCGAUGCCGCCGUCAAGAUCUUUGGUGGCUCCAAGCUCUCUCCAAGCGUGCUGGCCGAGGUUUGGGCUCUUGCUGACGAAGACAACAACGGCGUCCUGACUCGUAAGGGUGUCGCCGUCGCUGUUCGUUUGCUUGGGCAUGCGCAGCACGGAGAAGGCGUUUCGGACGCUUUGGUGCACAAACCUGGCCCUGUACCCAUUAUUGAGGGUCUGAAUGCACCAAUUGCUCAACAAACUACAGGAAUACCAACUGCGAGGUCACCGCCUCCCGGGCUACCACCACUUACACCUCAGGAUAAAGCGAAGUUUAUGAAGUUAUUUAUUGGAUGUGGUCCCGUUAAUGGUUUGCUCAGUGGUGAGAAAGCCCGGGACGUCCUGGUGAAAUCCAAACUGCCAGUCGAUAAGCUCUCGCAGAUCUGGUUCCUUGCAGAUACGAAGAACCGUGGAGCACUCGACGCUGCAGAUUUCAUCGUUGCCAUGUAUCUGAUUCAGGCUUCAAUGUCUGGACAGCUGAAGACUAUUCCAGCUAUGCUCCCAUCAUGGCUUCACGAACAAGCGAAGAGCGGGCCUGAGUCUCUCACAUCUCACACCACCGGUGAGAGCGGGUCAUUUAGUCCGACGUCGUCCAUUUUCCCUCGUCCUGUUAGCACCAUUCAACCACAGUACACCGGCCAGAGCUUGCAACCUCAGAUGACCGGUCAGGCGUUGCGGCCAACUGCGACAGGACCGGCAUUACCUCCUCGAUCAGCCUUAGGCUCAUCACCAUUCCCAUUGGCUGCUCAACAGACCAGUCAAACUUUGCCCUGGGAUGUCUCUCCUACUGAGAAGAUCAAUGCGGAUCGGUUCUUCGACACUCUUGAUACGCACAAGAGGGGCUACAUUGAUGGUGAGGUUGCUGUGCCGUUCUUUGUACAGUCGAAGUUGCCGGAUGAUGUUCUUGCGCAAAUCUGGGAUCUUUCUGAUCUUAACAACGACGGACUCCUCACGCGAGAUGGUUUUGCAGUAGCGAUGCAUCUCAUUCAAUCUAAACUAGCUGGCAAGGAGUUACCUCCAACGUUACCUCCAACGUUGGUUCCCCCUUCUAUGCGGUCAGCCGCUGCAGCUCCUCCACCGCAGCCUGCUAUCUCAGAAACAAUGAGGGACCUGUUGUGGGAUGACACUCCUCCAGCUUCAAGUACUACACCUCAGGUCCCUCCUCCGACCCUUCAACCGCAAGCGACUGGAACAUUGUCUCCUCAACAUACGGCUGCUUUCGCGCCUCCGCAACGUUCGGUAUUUGGUGCUACAGAUCCCUUCGCUAACUCCCCAUUCGCUCCGGCUGCUCCAUCCCAUAAGAACUUGCUUGAUGACGACGAAGAAGCAGCGGCCGCUCCGCCUCUGGAAGACAAGUCUGCUGAGAUUGGUAAUGUGCAGAAUCAACUCAACUCCACGAACCGAUCAUUGCAGACAACCACGGGCGAACGUGCGAAUCUCGAGCGCACACUCACCGAACAGGCGGCCCAGUUGUCUGCGCUACAGACACAGUUGUCAUCCGCUAAGGCCGCGUAUGAGACAGAAACGCGUCUGCUCACUUCCCUCCGUGAACGCUUCAACACGCAGACUGCCGAUAUACAGAAGGCUCGGGAAGAACUGAUCCAUGGUGAGAGUGACCUCAGUGCGGUCCGUGUAGAGAAGGCGGAGAUUGAGGGUGCGGUACUACGGGACAAGGAGGAAGUUCGCGAUCUCAACCGUAAAAUGGCCGAAGUCGGAACUGAGGUCGAGGCACUCAAAGCAGCUGUAGAGAAGGCUAAAAAGGAGGCGAAGCAACAGAAGGGUUUGUUGGCCAUCGCCAAGAAGCAGCUAGCUACCAGAGAAGCGGAGAAAGCCAGAGUCGAGAAGGAACUUGAGGAAGCUCAAGUGGAGGCACAGUCCGCUACGAAGGAAUUGGAGGAGACGGAGGCAGCUCUGGCUACGCAGGAACCCCCGCCCAAAGUCAAUGGCUACAAAGAAACUUCUCCUGGUUCGCCAGACUCUGUUGCUAUUGCCGCAGCUCAUCCACUCCCCGCCAGUCCUCCUGAGGUGUCACCCUUAAGUAGUCCCAGCCCCAAUGGGAAGAGUAACAACCCAUUUGAGCGAUUGGCUAUGGCUUCAGGUUCUCCCCCUCGUUCCGGUUCUCCAUUCCUGCCAUUCGUCAACUCGGCUGCUCUCCCCAACCCUCCUACUGCGGAGCCUGUUGUGUCUCAGACAACGGCCGCGAACGAGGAUCCAUUUGGUCUGUCAGAUGCAUCAGCUUCUUCUGAACCUGUUGCGGUGGAAUCAAAACCUACCGCCACUGAAACAACGCCGCCUUCUGACUUACAUCGUCCCCCCGGUCUCACCAUAUCCGAAGGGGAGCACGAUGUCUUGUCGUCGGCAGAUACGGAUCUUUUCAUGACCCCUCCUACCACAGCGACAGUUCAGAAACAGAGUGAAGAUAACGCAGAGCCCGCGGCUGCAACUCAACUGCCAUCUUUGGACGGGGUUCUCUCACCUCAAGUGCCCGGACAUUACCCUCUUAACGAUGAGCCGAAACAUGUUUUGGAAGAGCAUACUAAUCUGGAUACCCGAUUGAAGGAACUAGAUGUGGAGGAAUCUGACAGUGACGACGACGAACCUCUUACUUCUGUCAAGGCUAAGUUGACUGAGGGCGCUUCUCAACCAAAUGGUGAACCUGAUCAUGCAACGCCUUCCACGUCGGCCUUUGACGAUUCAUUCGGUAUAACUGCUACACCGAAACCUGAUUCUUCUCGUGUUGCAUCUCCCAUCCCUCCAUCUGUGGCAGCCGCAUCUUUCCGAAGUCAGUCGCCUGCGUUGAGCUCGCACUCGGCAGCGAAGGAUGUGUUCGGCUCUCCGUUCGCUCCCCCUACGCAAGAGCAACCAGCACAAGCUCUUGAGACACCUAAGCCCAACGGUGUUGCUGUUGCGCCUUCAACAGCCACACCGGGUGUCACUGAGUUCGACGAGGCAUUCGGCAAAGUUCCCAGCAGCUCGGGUCCGUCUCAAUCUUCGGAGUUCACUUUCGAUUCUGCCUUUGAUGACAAUUUUGACUUUGCUGCCGCGAAAGAAGCUGUCCCGACAGAACCCACCCCUGCAGCUCCUCCAAGGAAUGAAAGCUUGUCCGCUACUACCAGUACUUUCCCACCUGUGCCUGUUGCUGCUACAGCGACCGUGCCCAAGAGCCACAGCUUCGAUGCUGUUUUUCUCUCAGCGGCUGAUGCCGGUACAGCUCCUAGUUCUGCUGCCCCUGGGGGUUCAACGACCACUUCCUUUGAUGAAGUGUUCAGCGCCGGACCUUCUCAACCUCCUGCGCCUGCAGUUCAGCUCAGCAAGAGCAACGGAGGUAUCUCUUUCGAUGACGCUUUUGGUGGAAAUGCCUCAGAGACGUUGGCACUAGAUAACUCAUUUGCACCUAGUGCGUACCAACCACCUCCCGGCCCUCCGCCAGGUCAUGUUGCAAAAGCUCCCUUCCCGACAACUUCGCCUCCUACAUCACCUCGUCCUGAGACAAGCGCAACACCAUCCUCGGAGGCAAGACGAUCGAUCUCUCCACCUCCGCGCCAAAUGUCUCCCCCGCUUCGGCAUUCAUCACCGAAACCCCGGCCUUCCACGGGUUCCUCAGACAAGGAGAAGCCUCCUACAAGACACUCUAAGCUGAGCAUCCGUUUGCCUUUCGGACGAAAGAAGAAGCACGAAGCGCCUCCAGUGCCUCCAAUCAGUCAACAACAGGUGAUUGAAGAACCGACGCCACCUGCUGACGAUGACAUUGAGGCUGUGAAGACGUUGUGCGGUAUGGGCUUCAGUCGUACGCAAGCUGUCACUGCCUUGGAACGACAUGGGUAUGACGUUCAGAGAGCCCUGAAUAGUUUACUUGGUGAGAUCAAUCCUCUGUCUGAUUCCGUGGCGGUACUCAUGAUACAAAUGCAGGUUCUGCCUAAUCAUUCUAAUUUCUAUCACGUAUUAUACUAAUGUUGCCCUCCGUGGCUUCUACGGACACCUUCCUUUGGAUAACACUAUGUCGUUCGUUACUUGUUGUUUUUUCCCCUUAUUCUCAAUACAGUGGUAUUUAGUUUUCUUUCGAUCGUGGAACGUCUCCUUGCCUUACAACUAUUUGUACUUACCUGGUGCACGUGGGUUAUGAUUUCAUUUUGACUUGCAUUGUGGUCCUUCAAGGCCCGUCGCCUUUGUCUUGCAUCCAGUCUGCAUUUGUUAGCGAUUCAUAGCAGUUGCCUUUGUUC